AUGGCCGAAAGACGUUUUACAAUUCAAUCUGAUCCACGUGGCAUACUUACUGGAGAUACUACUAAUCCAUUAAUUACUAGGGAUGAUACUCAAACGAAGAAGACUGGAACAGCUGGUGGACUACAGAUGCCUGGUACAGGCACAACACAAGGAACAGUUGCCGGUUCUGCUGUCGGUACAAUAUCUGAUUCUCAACAACAACCACAGCUACGUCGUCAAUCUGUCUUUCGUCGUUUAUCAAUGUCUAUGGGUAGUAGAAAAUCAAGUAUGAAUUUGUUACCAACAACCAUUCGUCCAAACACAUUUCGUAUGGAACCCGAAAAUGAAUAUCGUUUUCGUCCGUAUCGUGUACAACCGAAAGUAAUGGAAAUAUUAAUUGAGCAAUUGAAAGAUAAAUUCUAUAAUCCACAAACUGUCACUGAACUUGUCAAAGAUGUAUCACGUAACGUUCACAUGUUAAUGAAAAAUUUUCCUAUUCCACGAUAUAAAAUAAUCGUUCAAACAGUUAUUGGACAGAAGUAUGGACAAUUAAUCCGUGUUGCAAGUCGAUGUUUAUGGGAUGUGAAAACUGACAACAUGAUAUCUGUUAAUUAUGAAACAAAAGAUAUGAUUGCUAUUGUUACAGUGUACGCAAUUUAUUUUGAAUAA